AAAUAGCCAGACCCUAUAGCUCAGAUGACAUCGCAUGAAACGACGCCGCAUUGUCCCUUCUUCCCCCCUGUCUUGUGAGAAAAGAAAAGCCAAAGCCAAUAUCUUCCCUCUCAUGAAAAAGGAGCAUUUCCGAUCUGUGUGAAGAGCCCUAGUUUUCUCUCUCUCUGAUUCAAUCACAAUGGCAAAUUGGUCUCCUUACGACAAUAAUGGCGGAACUUGCGUUGCGAUCGCGGGCGCCAAUUACUGCGUGAUUGCGGCCGACACCCGAAUGUCCACCGGUUACAGUAUUCUCACUCGUGAUUACUCCAAAAUCUGUAAAUUAGCAGACAAGUCUGUGAUGGCUUCUUCAGGAUUUCAGGCCGAUGUGAGAGCUUUGCAAAAGGUUUUGGCUGCUAGGCACUCGAUAUAUCAGCAUCAGCACAACAAGCAGAUGAGCUGCCCUGCCAUGGCUCAACUGCUCUCAAACACUCUCUACUACAAACGCUUCUUCCCUUAUUAUGCAUUCAAUGUUUUAGGUGGCCUUGAUAAUGAAGGAAAGGGUUGCGUCUUCACAUAUGAUGCUGUUGGUUCCUACGAGAGGGUUGGAUACAGUGCUCAAGGUUCUGGUUCUACUCUCAUCAUGCCCUUUUUGGACAACCAACUGAAGUCUCCAAGCCCUCUCUUAUUUCCUGCCAAGGAUGCUGUUACGCCGCUGUCAGAACCAGAAGCAAUUGAUUUGGUAAAGACUUGUUUUGCGUCUGCAACAGAGAGGGAUAUAUACACUGGUGACAAGCUGGAAAUUAUGGUCUUAAAUGUUGAUGGUAUUCAUUGCGAGUACAUGGAACUCAGGAAAGAUUGAUCCGUCUCAUUCCUGUUGUCAUUGCUGCCUUGUUGCAGGAUUAUUACAGAAUGCUUGCUUGAGAUGCACAUCGAUGUAGUUGUAGAGAUUAUUCUGUGUCCUCACUGCUCAUCAAUCGCUAUCUUUCAGUUUUCAUUGAAUCAAGUUUGCUCCUCUUUUUCCUGCGCAGUCAACAAUGAGUUCUCUACUGGACAUGUAUUUUCUGUGUUAUCAGGUCUUCAGAUGUAUGUCAUUGCCUGGAAGUUAUUUCAUUGAAAGUAUGUUAAAGCCGUGUUGGGUACUAAAGAAACAGAUUUGGGAAAUGUUUGUGUGAAACUCCGGCUACUUUCCUUAUAAAGAACAUUUUUCAUUCCUUGCA